CAGAACUAUGCAUGAACCAAACUCUUUCCACCCGCAAUUCUGGUUUAGUCCCCUCCUAUGCUAGUAGUGGCUAGCUAACACAACUGUUAACUAGCUCUCGAACCGCUCCCAAAUGACUCAUGCCGGUACAUUUAUCUCGAGAAAGUCAAAUUAAUUACGUGGUAAUGUUGCGAAACUAGUGUGGUAACACUGGCAGCCAACGUACUUCUGUAUCGCCAGUAGGCCUCGUUUUUUGUUAAAAAGUUAUAAUAGUCUUUUUGUGACUAAUAGCUAUGCUGAAGAUACUGAGAUAGCUCGCUUUUGAAACUACUGAGAUCUAUGUUUUCUCAUGGGGGAUUUGUACAUUUAUUAGGCAAGAGGACUUACGUGUAGGAAAGGACAGACCAAAGGAGGUAGAGCGUCUUCACCAUGGGGAACACCUGCAAUAAUCACCUUAGGAUCCCUCCAGCCAAGGGCCCCAAUGCUGUGGGAUGCACUGACUUCAUGAUGGACCAAACUGCACAGGGCAGUUUCUUCCGGCUCUACUAUCCUUGUCAAGAGACUGAAAAAGCAGAAACACCAGACUGGGUUCCAUGCAGGGAGUAUUUUAACGGUCUGGCAGACUUCAUGAAAAUCAACAGGACUCUCAGUGAGAGGAUUUUCAACUACCUCUUUGGAUCCUUUAAGAUCCCAGCCCACUUGGAUGCUCCAUUCAAAUCCAAUGAAAAAUGUCCUGUAGUUAUCUUCUCCCAUGGCCUCGGAGCCUUUAGGACUUUGUAUUCAGCUAUAUGUGCAGAACUGGCCUCUCAGGGUUUUAUUGUGGCCUCCGUGGAACACAGAGACCAGUCAGCCUCAGCUACAUUUUAUUUUAGAGAGAAGACAAAUAAGAAUGUGCCUAAAACAUCUGCCUCAGCCAAAGACAACUUGGUAAAGGAGUGGAUGUACUACAGAACUCUGCAGCAUGGUGAGAGUGAAUUCCCCCUCAGAAAUAAACAGGUGAAACAGAGAGCAGAUGAAUGCAUUUUGACUCUGGAUAAACUCACUGAAAUCAACUCAGGGAUACAUGUGCAAAAUGUUUUGCAAACACAGUUUGACUGGGCAACGCUGGAGAACUCCAUGGAUCUGUGUAGGAUAGCAGCAAUGGGGCAUUCCUUCGGGGGAGCAACAGUGAUUGAAGCUCUGUGCAAAGAGGUUAAAUUCAAGUGUGGCAUAGCGCUGGAUGCCUGGAUGUUUCCUUUAGAUGACAAGACCUUUCCUCAAGUGAAGCAGCCGAUCUUCUUCAUCAACUCAGAGAAGUUUCAGUGGGCGGGGAACAUCAGUCGCAUCAGGAAGCUGGACUCAGCCAUUAUACAGAGAAAAAUGAUCACUAUCAGAGGUACAGUCCACCAGAGUUUCCCAGACUUCACCUUUCUGACGAGCAACUGGAUUGGUAAACUGAUGAAGUUGAAGGGACAACUCGACCCAGAGAUCGCCAUAGACCUCUCCAACAAAGCAACACUAGCCUUUCUGCAAUGCCAUCUUGGUCUGGAGAAGAACUUUAAUCAGUGGGACAUUCUGAUUGAUGGGCAGGAUGAUAACCUCAUUCCAGGAACUAAUGUUACUGUGUUUCAGUCUGCCAUCUGAACUGCCACUGUGCCUCAUAUACUCCAGACAAUCCUGGGAGUGGCCAUCAGCUGAACCAUCUCGCCUUGUGUGGAAGUCGGUGGAACAGUCCCAAAAUGUCAAGCCUGGCCCACAUUUAAUUUUAAAAUGGACUAAGGAUAACAUUUUGAAGUAGUAAUGGAGAGGAAAGACAAUCUCUACCUCAUCAGCAGGAAAGAUUUGUUUUUCUUUACAGGUAAAACACUCAGUGUAGCAGUAUUUGUUUCAUGAGUCUUGAAUGUUGCAUACAAGCAGCUCAACACUUCUUUUCACUGUAGGUGAAAUCUUUACUGUUACUUUCAUUAAAUACAAUCAUAAUUU